GUAGAGAAGCCGGGCGGGUGGUCACCGUCACCGUAGAGAAGCCGGGCGGGUAGCCACCGUCACCGUAGAGAAGCCGGGCGGGUGGUCACCGUCACAGUAGAGAAGCCGGGCGGGUGGUCACCGGCCCUGUAGAGAAGCUGGGCGGAUGGGCGCCGUCGGAGAGCUUCUGGAGUUUCUGGGUCUUCGGAUCCGGGAAGUCCCAGGGGAAGCAAACCCCAACAGCGUAGGAAAACCAUGUGCGCCCUGAGCGGCGGGAGGCCGGGCACAGCCGGCGCCCAUCAGCUGGGCGGGGUGUGGGCGUCGAGGACUGGCAGCGCCCCGGGACUCGCCGCAGUCUCCUACGGACCGCCGGGCUCCGAGACUACCUGCCCAGGGGGCGCUCAGAGCGGGAGCCAGCGCUGCGCGGGGACGCCGCAGGGACUCGAUAUGGCUUGCGCGGGAUGCAGACGAUGGUGGCUCCCCAAGAUUUUCUUCUCAGCCGCUGGAUUGUGCGUUGUUCUGUUUAUACUCAAAAGUGUUUACCUUCAGGCCAAAUUUGACAGCUUCAAGCCUGAACCUUCCAGACCUCCUCUGGUGCUGAAACUUCUCCCUGAGGUGCAGCUCAGGAACCUCUUUACCUACAAUGGCAUCUGGCUCUUCCCUAAAAACCAGUGCGACUGUGACUCCAUGCACCUACGACGCAGAUACAACUUUCAGGAUGCCUACGACCCCGCAGAACUGCAAGCGGUGAAGGCCCGGAGACAGCUGGAGCUGGAGCAUUUUCAGAGGAGAGAAGGGCUGCCCCGCCCACCACCCCUGCUGGCCCAGCCCAACCUCCCCUUUGGCUACCCAGUCCACGGAGUGGAAGUGAUGCCCAUGCACACAAUUCUCAUCCCAGGCCUUCAGUAUGAAGGGCCAGAUGCCCCCGUCUAUGAGGUCACCCUGAGAGCUUCUCUGGGGAUCCUGAACACCCUUGCUGACAUCCCAGACAAUGUGGUACAGGGCAGAGGCCAGAAGCAGCUGACCAUUUUGACCAGUGACCGGAAGCUUCUGAAGUUUGUCCUUGCACAUGUGACAUACACCAGCAAGGUGUACCAGCAUAACAAAGUGGACACAGUGAGUUUGGAGUACAAGUCCUCAGUGGCCAAAUUUCCAGUGACCAUCCGCCAUCCUGCCAUCCCCAGGUUACAUGACCCUGGACCAGAGAGGAAGCUUAGAAACCUAGUGACCAUUGCCACCAAGACUUUCCUUCGUCCCCACAAGCUGAUGACCCUGCUGCAGAGUAUCCGGAAGUAUUACCCAGACUUGACAGUGAUCGUGGCUGACGACAGCAAGCAGCCCCUGAACAUUCAAGAUGACUACGUGGAGUAUUACUCCAUGCCCUUUGGAAAGGGUUGGUUUGCUGGCAGGAACCUUGCCAUCUCUCAGGUCACCACUAAGUACGUCCUCUGGGUGGACGAUGACUUUCUCUUCACCAACAAGACCAAGAUUGAGGUGCUGGUAGAUGUCCUGGAGAAAACCGAACUGGAUGUGGUGGGAGGCAGUGUGCUGGGAAAUGUGUACCAGUUCAAAUUGUUGCUGGAACAGAGCAAGAAUGGGGACUGCCUCCACCAGAGAUCGGGAGGAUUCCAGCUUCUCGAUGGCUUCCCCAACUGCGUGGUGACCAGUGGUGUCGUCAACUUCUUCCUGGCUCACACGGAACGGCUCCUGAGAGUUGGCUUUGAUCCCCGCCUACAAAGAGUCGCUCACUUAGAGUUCUUUGUUGAUGGGCUGGGGACCCUGCUAGUGGGCUCAUGCCCAGAGGUGAUUAUAGGUCACCAGCCACAUACACCAGUGACGGACUCAGAGUGGGCCACCCUGGAGAAAUCCUAUAGCAAGUACCGGACCAACACGAAUGCCCAGAUCCAGUACAAGCUGGCGCUCCACUACUUUAAGAAUCAUCUCCAGUGCUCCACAUAAAGAUUCAAGAUAACAUGAGGACAGGGGAGAUGACUCAGUGGUUUAAAGAGGCUAGUCUUGAUUCAGUUCCUAAGUACUCAAGUAAAGAUGGAUGAACCAAGUAGCACACUCAUCUAGAAUUCAUAUGCAGUGACGCCCCUACUCUCAAGUAAAUAAAACUACUUCUUAAAAAACAUGGCUCAGAAAAGUUAAAAAAGAAAAGAAAAGAAAACGUGAAUAGCCGGGGUCCUUAACUUGCCACUUGCAGCCUGGCUCACACCGCCGUGGAACUGAUGGUGAGGGCUGCCAAAACUAGACUCUGGUAAGCGAACAGUAAGUAGAGAGCUGAUGGGUGACCGUGGUGAGAGAACAGUAGCUGUGGACGGGCCAUGCGUGGAACAUGUUGUCAGUUCUUCUCUUGGGUAACUGUGUGGAUGUUCAAUGCGAUUAAAGAAAAAUACUGAAACUGAAAAACUUCGGAGCAAACACAAGGAACUGAGCUUUAAAGACAGCCAUAAGCUUUUGUAAGCCACAGACAAGUGAAACUUAAUGUGGAUCAUUCCUGGUACAUUCUUAGGUUAGCUGGAAACAAAACUUAACCGUAGCUGAUCAUAAGCAACCAACUGACAUGAUUGUAUGAAUGAUUUCUUAUUAAAAUUAAGCCUUUAAACUGUGA